AUGACCUCCGGCGUCUUUUUCUGUCUAUUCUUCGUCUUCUUCUUCUUCUUCUUAACUUGCGAUUUGCUGCACAUUAGCUUCACUGAAGGAGCUGCGACAGUGGAAAAGACCGUCGUUGUUGAUCAGGGCGGGCUCGGGAACUUCAAAACCAUCCAAGAAGCGAUCAAUUCAAUUCCUGAUCAGAACACACAGUGGAUCGAGAUUAAUGUGAAAUCCGGCGUUUACAGGGAGAAGGUUUCCAUCCCCGCUAGCAAGCCAUACAUUCUGUUGCAAGGCAACGGCAUGGGUUCGACGGUGAUUGAUUGGAAUGGCCAUUCUGACAACAGCUCGCCCCCCAGUAAUGGCAGCAUUGCAGCGUUUCCGUUAGCUUCCACAUUCGAUAGCGCCACCUUCACAGUACUCGCAGAAAACUUCGUCGCUCGAGACAUCACUUUUAAGAACUCGUACAACAUCAACAACGAUGCGGCAGUGGCGCAAGCAGUAGCUGCACUCGUAGGAGGGGACAAGAGUGCAUUCUACCGCUGUGGAUUCCAAGGCUACCAGGACACUCUCUGUGAUUUUCUGGGCCGCCACUACUUCUCUUCCUGCUGGAUCGAGGGCGCGGUCGACUUCAUUUUUGGCUUCGCUCAGUCCAUUUAUGUAUCGAGCAGUUUAUGGUCAACAAUCCAAGGGCCCCAGCCGGGGUGGCUGACGGCGCAUGCCAAGGUCAAUGACACCAGCGAGGGCGGAAGCAAUAUGACGUUUGCGGAGAGCAACUGCACUGGGCUUGGGGCAAACAGAAGUCAGAGGGUGAAGUGGGAGAAGGCGCUCGAUCCCAAACAGUUGGAGUAUUUUGUUAGCAACACAUUCAUCGACAAGGAGGGAUGGCUUGCCCAGCAACCUUAG